AUGGCUACGCCAAAGAAACCAACAUGGAACGCCUCUCUCUACGCCUCUCACAGGCCUGUCUACCCUCCAAAGCUCUUCGACCAAAUCCUAGAGUUCCAUCGGCAGAAAGGAGGGCAGUUUGAUCAUGCACUGGAUCUGGGCUGCGGAACGGGACAGGCGAGCCAGUACCUUCGAGGACGGUUCAAACGUGUCACCUGUGUAGAUCCUGGGGCUACGAUGAUUGAAAGUGCGAAAAAGGCGCUUGUGGGUGAUUAUGAAUCACGGUCGAAUUCGAAGGGGCAACACGACACGACGUACACUUUCUGUGUCAGCCCAGCAGAAGAUUUGCAUCAGGCGGUACCGGAGGAUGGGACUGUGGACCUUGUUAUCGCUGCUACCUCUUGCCACUGGUUCGACAUGACGAAAGUCUGGCCUGAAAUCGGACGCAUUCUUCGGAAAGGAGGAACAGCCGCGUUCUGGAGUUACGUCGAGUGCCUUCUACCGGCCUUCCCCAGCACAGAACGCCUUAUCAAAGAAUACGGCGGAUUCGAAGAACCCGCGCGGAACGCUUCCUCGUCGACCUCCCAAGUCCAGAAGAGGUACUCGGACCUCAAUCAGGCGAAGGGUGCCUCGUCGAUUUCGAAAGACGGUAUUUCACCGGCCCAUACCCAAUCCCACAACCUCCUCGGUCACAUCCGCACAUGGAGCGCGCACAACGCCUACCAGGAGCAGCACCCGGAUGACCUCAACGCUCCCGAAGACACGCAGUUCCUUGAAGAGGAUCUCGACGCCAUACGGGGGACCUCAUAUGAUGAAUCUUUCAUCAGGGGCGGGGAUGUUAGCAUUCGAUUCUGGAAGAACUUGCGAGAGGCCGCUGCGAGGGAUAUCGCGGUGUCGUCGUCGAAGGGGGGUAACGGAGAGGUGGAUGGUGGUGUGAAGUUGUUGGAUAAGAUUACCGUUGACUUCCCGAUGCCGUUGUUACUGGUUGGGAAGUCCUAG